AUAUGAAAAUGGGCAUCACGAAGAUAAAGAUUGGCGUAAGAGAGAUCCUGGACACGAAGAUCAUUAUAGAUAUGAAAAUGGGCAUCACGAAGAUAAAGAUUGGCGUAAGAGAGAUCCUGGACACGAAGAACAUUAUAGAUAUGAAAAUGGGCAUCACGAAGAUAAAGAUUGGCGUAAGAGAGAUCCUGGACACGAAGAACAUUAUAGAUAUGAAAAUGAGCAUCACGAAGAUAAAGAUUGGGUUAAGAGAUAA